AUGCGAGACAGGUUCUUGGGGGACCAGCUGCCGGCGCACAUAGGUCUCGGCCUGGCCGCCUGCGCCGCCGCCGCGACCACAUGCCACAUCUUCCUCCUGCACCACCGGCCCAUCCCGGUCGUCGCACCGGCGCCGGCGCGGGAUCGGCGCAAGACGGCGCGGUCGCCGAGAGGCGGGCCGGAUGACCCGUCGACGUUGGUCAUGUCGGGGUCGGCGUCGGGGUCAAGUUCGCCGUAUCCGCCCGACGCGCUGCCCGGCGCGAGGGACGUCGCGACGCCGUAUGGUAACCUGAGGGUUUAUGAGUGGGGGCCCGAGGACGGCGAGAGAGUUCUCCUGCUGCACGGCAUCGGGACGCCGUGUCUCGCGCUGGGGGGCACCGCGGGGGAGUUUGUUCAGCGGGGGUGGAGGGUUAUGACGUUUGACUUCUUCGGGAGGGGCUACUCCGACGCACCAACCGACUUACCCUACGACUCCCGCCUCUACACAACCCAGAUCCUCCUCGCCCUCGCCUCCUCCCCCCUCCGCGGCUGGACGGGCAACGACGCCUUUCACCUGCUGGGCUACUCCCUCGGCGGCGCCGUCGCGGCCUCCUUCGCCUCUUCCAGCCCCCACCUCGUCAAGUCCCUGACCCUCAUCGCCCCGGGCGGCCUCAUCCGCUCCGCGGCGCACGUCGGCUGGCGCAGCAGGCUCCUGUACAACUCGGACCUGCUCCCGGAGUUCCUCAGACGUUUCCUCGUCUCCCGACGCCUCCACCCCGCGCCGUCCAGAAAAGGCGACGUGCCGGAGAAGGAGACGGUCGACGACGCCGAGAACGCGGCGGCCGCCGCUGACUGGGACGGGCUCCAGCUCGUGGGCGGCGCGCGCAUCGGGGACGUCGUGGCGUGGCAGCUCGGGUGUCAUCCGGGGUACGUGCGGAGUUACAUGUCGACGAUCCGGCACGCGCCGAUAUACGACCGCGCGGACGAGGAGUGGAAGGCCCUGGCCGGGGUGUUGGAGGCGAGACGACGGGAGGGCGGGGGGGAAGGAGGACCGCCGGGGCUGAGGAAGGGACGGGUGCUGUUCGUGCUGGGCGAGAGGGACGAGAUCGUCGUACCCGGGGAGACGGUCUGGGACGCGAGACGGGUGCUCGGGGAGGACGCGGUGGAGGUGUUGGUGCUCAAGGGCGGGCACGAGGUCGGGGUUACGAAGGGGAAGGAGAUUGUGGGCGGGGUUCUGGCGGCGUGGGAGAGGGAAUGA